GCUCACGUGCCAUCUCAUCUACUCUAUCUCUCACCUCCGCCCGCCUCGUCGUCUCUCUGACAACCGUACAGCCGCCCGCCUUCCGCUCCGCGCCGCCGCCUCCGCCGCUGCCGCCGCGCGGGCGUACGUGUCUAUGGCGACGAUGUCUCGCCGCGCACUCGGCUCUGCGUUCGCGGGAUUCACGCGGACACCAGCUAUGACUCCGACGGCCACCUUGCCUUCCUCGUGCGCGUCCCCGGCGCGUCUCCUGCGGUGGCGCCGGAGCGCGGGUGUAGGCGCCCGGCGGUUCGCGUCCGGCCGCAACGCGCGGAUUAGCAUGAGCCUCCGCGCCGGCAUCGUCGGCCUGCCCAACGUCGGCAAGUCCACACUCUUCAAUGCCAUUGUUGAAAAUGGGAAGGCACAAGCUGCAAACUUUCCCUUCUGCACCAUAAACCCCAACGUUGGUGUUGUGGCUAUCCCAGAUGCUCGCUUGCAUGUGCUCUCAAAAUUAAGCAAGUCUAAGGAGACAAUCCCAACAUCCAUAGAGCUUGUGGAUAUUGCAGGUCUCGUCAAAGGAGCAAGCAAAGGAGAGGGACUAGGAAACCAAUUUCUUUCGAACAUCCGUGAGGUUGAUUCCAUCCUUCAGGUUGUGCGAUGUUUUGAAGAUGAUGAUAUUGUUCAUGUGAGUGGGAAAGUUGAUCCCAAAUCAGAUAUUGAUGUAAUUAAUCUGGAGCUUAUAUUUUCUGAUCUUGACCAGAUAGAGAAAAGACUGGAUAAGCUUAAAAAGAGCAAAACUAAAGACCAGCAAGUAAAGGUCAAGGAACAAGCAGAGAGGACUGGAUUGGAAAAAAUUCAGACUGUACUUAUGGAUGGAAAACCUGCUAGAUCUGUUGAUUUGGCUGACCAUGAGAAAGAAGCUAUCCAACAUCUUUGUCUACUAACUAUGAAACCUGUCAUUUAUGUUGCCAACGUAACUGAAUCUGAUCUUGCUGAACCUGGUAACAACCCUCAUGUCAAAGAGGUAGCCAAACUAGCAACAGACUUGGAAUCUGGCAUGGUUACAAUAUCAGCUCAGGUUGAGGCUGAACUUGCUGAACUGCCAUUAGAAGAGAGAGUCGAAUAUCUAAAAUCCCUUGGUGUUACUGAAAGUGGACUAGGAAAUUUGGUAAAGGCAACAUAUGACCUUCUGGGAUUGAGGACUUAUUUCACAACUGGAGAUAAGGAAACAAAAGCUUGGACUAUUCUUGCAGGCAUGACUGCACCUCAAGCAGCAGGAGUUAUUCACAGUGACUUUCAGAAAGGCUUCAUUAGAGCUGAAACUGUAUCAUAUGAUGAUUUUGUCGCGGCGGGUUCUCUUGGAGUUGCAAGGGAGAAGGGAUUGUUGAGGUUGGAAGGGAAGGAUUACAUCGUGCAGGAAGGCGAUGUCAUGCUUUUCCGGUUCAACGUUUGACAACAACUCAACAAUAAUAGCAGCAGCGAGAAGUUUCAAUAUAUACUCGAAUUUUGCACAAGAGAGAAACAGAUCAUGGGAUUUUUUUUUGUCUGAGACAUUAACUGUACUUGCGUCAUUGGAACUUUGCGGCAUCAUUGCUUUAGCCCAUGGCUUUGUAAAUCAUUCAAGAUAAGCUCUCUACGAAACAUUAGAGUAUAAUUCGACAUACCUACUUAUAAACUGUCAUUUGAACAUUGUAAUCUUCAAUCGAAAAUUUGAUGCGACAUCUUUUUUAAGUGUUAAGGGAACUAUCCCCAGACUGCCA